GUCAGCACAGACGGCACUUAAAGGACAAAACACCCGAUUAGGCUGUUACGUAGCUUUUAUACUGUACGCGACCUGGUGGUUGGGACCUGUUUUAUAGGACCGAGUCCGAGACACUGCAUCACCAAAAUACCUGCUACGACCUUGACCUUUUGACGCCCAAUAAUGUCUUCAAACCGACAUCCACACAACCAUAGACAUAAUGAAAAUGAUGAAGAAUCCGACAUAAUUUACAAAAAACGACUACGAAGAGGACAGCACCCAAUAGAUUUUCAUGUUUCUACUGAAGUCAAUAAAAAAUUGCUCAAGAAAGACACAUGGAAAAUCAAAAAGGAAACUACAAAAAAACCAAAUGUUCAGCUUGCUUCAGCUAAUGUUGACAUCCUAGACACCAUAAACAUCAUUGACACUAUUGACAGACCAGCAUGUGCCAAUGCAGAAUCCAAGUAUGCUCGAUGUGGAAAAUAUGCAGUAGGUUUGAAAAACAAACCAAUGGAGAGAAUUCCUAAAGCCGGAGUUUAUGCAGAAGCAGGAGUUGGCCGUGCUCGUGCUCAAGUCAGUGUGUUCGAGGCAGAAGCCAAUGGGCCCAACGCCUCGGUCGGUGCUGAAGCAAGUGCGGUUGGAGUCGGAGCGAUGGCUCGGGCCGAAAUUGCCAGUGCAUCAGCCAAAGCCGGUCCAGUUGGUGUAAAGGUGGGACUUGGAGUUGAUACAGGUGCAGCUAUUGGUGUGGGUGGUGUUGAGGCAAAAUUCCUUGGAACUGGAUUCUCAAUUGGUCCAAAAACAAGUGUUGCUGUUUUGGGUUCAGAAGUGUCAUGUUCAGUCAUGUAGUCUUACAGAUUGUCUUUGAAUGUUUGCAUGAAACAUUUAACUACGGAGCAAUAGAGAUAUGGACCCUGUUAAUGCAUUUUACAGGUGAGACAUAAAUCAUUUAAUCUACAACUAGUAUUCUUGUU